AUCAGCUUCUCGCCGCGGCAUAUGGUUCGCAUCAUCUCAUCAAGAGCACGUAAACAAACCUGAAAAAAAAAGAGAGCACGUAAACAAACUCGAGAAAGCAAAAGUUCCUGCGCCAGGUGUAGGUAGUUGGUCUUGUCCAACAAUCAAUGGAGUGAGCUGAGAGCCUGCUGCAUGCUCUCGGGUCGCGACGAUCGCCUAUAAAUGUGCGGCUUGGCAGCGUCACCAAUGCAAUGCAAGCAUUGGUCGACCCACUGUUAUUUGGGGAAGCAGCAGGCAGGCCAGGUCGAUCAGCGAUGAUGGCUCCACCAGCGGUCUGGCAGCUUCUUCUUCCUCUCGGCCUCCUGUGCCUCUGUAGCUCCGCCGCCUCUCUCUCCGGUGGAGCCACGGCGGAGGGCGCACCCGACUACGUCGUCGUGGCCACGAGCUGGCUCAAGACGAAGCCGGUGUGCCAAGGGCUCAGGGUGGAUGCGCCGGCGAACCUUACCGCCAGCAGCUGGGUGCCGCUGAGCCACUCCUAUGGCCCGUGCUCGGCGGCGGCGGCGGGAAGUUGGUCGACGCCGGCGCCGGCCGACGUGCUGCUGCAGGACCAGCGCCGCGCGGGCUACAUCCAGAGGAAGCUCGCCGGCAGCACCCCCCAGGACGACAACGGCAGCGACCUGCCGGAGUCGGACUGCAAGAGCGGCCAGUCGGAGCACGCUCCCACCAUUCAACCCAACGUUGGCCAAGACAGUAGCCCCACGUCAGAGGGCUCGGAGGCGGUGUCCGUCAUCGAACCGACGGCGGGCGGUGGCGGCGGCGGCGGCGGGCAGCGGGUGCCGGGCGUGAAGCAGACGAUGGUGCUGGACACGGCGAGCGACGUGGCGUGGGUGCAGUGCGCCCCCUGCCCCAUGCCGCAGUGCCACCCUCAGACGGACACCAUCUACGACCCCUCGCAGUCGUCGACGUACGCGCCCUUCGCCUGCGGCUCCCCCGUCUGCCGGCAGCUCGGCCCCUACGGCAACGGCUGCGCCGCCGGGUCCCGGCAGUGCCAGUACCGCGUCCUGUACCCCGACGGGCGCUCCACCAUGGGCACCUACAUCUCCGACGUGCUCCGCCUCAACCCCACCUCCGUCAUCGGCGGGUUCCAGUUCGGGUGCAGCCACGCCGUGCAGGGCCACUUCCCCAACGACACCGCCGGGAUCAUGGCGCUCGGCCGCGGCGCGCAGUCGCUGGCGUCGCAGACCCGGCUCACCUACGGCGGCGUCUUCUCCUACUGCCUCCCGCGGACGGCGAGCUACAGCGGCUUCUUCGUCCUCGGCGUGCCCAGGGUCGCUGCCACCCGGUACGCCCUCACGCCCAUGUUCGCCGUCCCGCAGGCGCCGAUGCUCUACCUCGUCCGCCUCCGGGCCAUCGUCGUCGCCGGCCAGGCCCUCGCCGUGCCGCCGGCGGUGUUCGCGCCGGGCUCCGUCGUCGACUCGCGCUCGGUGAUCACGCGCCUCCCGCCGACGGCGUACGCCGCGCUGCGCGCCGCCUUCCGGGCCAGGAUGGGGAUGUACCGGGCGGCGCCGCCCAAGCAGCAGCUCGACACCUGCUACGACCUCAGCGGGGUGCGCCGCGUCACGCUGCCCACCAUCACGCUGGUGUUCGACCACAGCGCCGCCGUGGAGCUCGACCCGUCGGGGAUCCUCUACAACGACUGCCUCGCCUUCGCCCCCGGCACCGACGACCGGGCGUGGGGGGUCAUCGGCAACGUCCAGCUGCAGACCUACGAGGUGCUCUACAAUGUCGCCGGCGGCGCCAUGGGCUUCCGCCGUGCCGCCUGCUGAUCAAACCUACCGUCACAAAUAAAUAUAUAUACACACUACCAACUGUAGUAUAUAUAUAUUUACCUACCGUCAUUUUGGGCCAUUGUAUAUGGUGGUCGCGUUAGAAUAAGCCGAGUUAACUCGUGCACAUGUAUUUGCGUGGUCUAUCUUAAGCUUCUUGUAGGUGUGAAAUGAAGCUUAAGAACUAUUUUCUGGGCAAGUCUGUCCAAAAAGGAAAUACAUAUAUAUAUUUUUGACAAAUAAAGUACAUUUUUGUUGUGGUCU